GGGGCUGCACCGGACGCACGAUCGCGAUCGGGGAGAGCCGGGGAGGAAGGAGCAGCAACCGCUGGGAAACCCGAGGCCGGUGGCAGGCUGGGAAGGGCAGCCGGCAGCGGGCAGCAGGACGGGCUGGUGGGCGGCUAGGCGCCCCGGCUCUUCCUUGGCUCGGCUUGCUCCCCGCGUCCCUCAGAUGCCCACUGACCCCGACGAGGGAUCCUGCGCAUCCGGGGCUGCCGAUGCAGAGACUGAGAAGGAACAUUGAAGAUCUUCAGUUGCAGACAGACAGACCACCAUGGAUCAGCCUUUGACUGUGAAUUCUCUGAAAAAGUUAGCUGCCGGGCCUGACCACACAGAUGUGUCCCUGAGUCCCGAGGAACGGGUCCGGGCCUUGAGCAAGCUGGGAUGCAACAUCACCAUCAACGAAGACAUCACUCCCCGCCGCUAUUUCCGAUCUGGGGUGGAGAUGGAGAGAAUGGCAUCGGUGUACCUGGAGGAAGGAAACUUGGAAAAUGCCUUUGUCCUCUAUAAUAAGUUUAUAACCCUCUUUGUGGAGAAGCUGCCCAGCCACAGAGACUAUCAGCAGUGUGCAAUCCCAGAAAAACAAGAUAUCAUGAAGAAACUGAAGGAUAUUGCCUUCCCAAGGACAGAUGAAUUGAAAAAGGAUCUUUUAAAGAAAUAUAAUGCGGAAUACCAAGAAUGCUUGCAAAGCAAACUUUUGUUUCAGAACAAACACAAAGCGGACGUCCUGAGGAAGCUGGAGCACCAGCGACUGAUUGAGGCGGAGAAGCAGCGAAUCGCGCAGAUGCGGCGGCAGCAGCUGGAAACGGAACAGUUCCACUUCUUCGAAGACCAGCUCAGGAAGCAAGAGCUGGCCAGAGACCAGCUGCGCAGCCAGGAGGCCCCGGUGCUGGCCGAGCAGAUCGAUGGCAACGCCCUGUCUUGCUUCUCCCCUCACCAGAACAGACCCUCCCUCAAUGUUUUUUUGGAUCAAGCUCCUAAAAGCGGUGCUCCCGCAUAUGCUGGCCAGUCACCGCCGGUGAACAGAGCGUUGAAGCCAGCUGCCACUCUGAGCGCUGUCCAGAACCUGCUGGUGGAGGACCUGCGAUGUGUCCUGCUGCCCAGGGAUCUUUGUCACCGAUUCCUGCUCUUGGCUGAGUCAAACACAGUGAGGGGCAUAGAAACCUGUGGAAUUCUCUGUGGAAAACUGACACAUAAUGAGUUUACAAUCACCCACGUCAUCGUGCCAAAGCAGUCGGCCGGCCCAGACUACUGUGACGUGGCCAACGUGGAGGAGCUGUUCCUCAUUCAGGACCAGCACAGCCUUCUCACCCUGGGAUGGAUCCAUACGCACCCGACGCAGACGGCGUUCUUGUCCAGCGUCGAUCUGCACACGCACUGCUCCUACCAGCUCAUGCUGCCAGAGGCCAUUGCCAUCGUCUGCUCACCCAAGCAUAAGGAUACCGGCAUCUUUCGACUCACCAAUGCAGGGAUGCUGGAGGUCUCAGCUUGUAAAAAGAAGGGCUUUCACCCCCACACCAAGGAUCCAAGGCUAUUCAGUACAUGCAAACAUGUGGUGGGCCAAGACAUAAGCAUCACAGUGCUGGACCUGAGGUGAUGAAGUCCAAAGACAGACGGCAUUCCAGACAGAUGCCCUUGCCCCCGUGGAUACGCAGCUGCCAGAUUUUCUUAAGAUGUUUUCAGAACUGACGUUUUAUAUUUAUACCUUUUAGAUCAGAUGGUUUAAUAUUUAUUGCUUUCACACAUUUUGCUGUUUUCUGUUGGGAAUGUUCCAACUCAAGAUGGAGCUAAUGGUGACAGUAAACUGGAGUCUCCUUGGGUACCAAAAAGAAUAAAUCGAGUUGCAAACAGCA